AUGAGCGGCAGAGUGCCUGUGGUGCACGCGCGCGAGGACAUAGGCGGCUGCGUACCAUGUCAUGUAUCUGCUUUGCGGCUCUGCGAAGAGGACGGAGGGGAAGAGGAGAAGGGGUAUAACGCGUCGCCGAGCACAGACGCCGCCGUCGAACCUUUCGAGCCUCUUCGCUGCUUCAGUGCUUUCGAUGUACUGCGCGGUGUCCUUGCUGCCUGCACGUGUGCGCCAGUCCUCUCUCGCUCGGCAGAAAAAGGUGCUGACUCCCCCUCACUGCUCCCAGGCGCCUUUCUGCCGUCAGCAUGGAAGACGGAGCAAAGACGGGAGGCGGUGGUGUCGUUGGUUGACCUUGUUGCAACCGACAUUGGCGUUUCGAGCGGACGGCACGGACAAGGCGUACCACCAAAGCAUGUGGAGCGCGCCCGGUCGCGCCUCAGUGUGGAUGCACUGCUCUUGCACCUCACGGCAGAGGGGCCAAGGCUGCGGGCAGCCCUGCGGCGCCGUUGUCGUCAACCCCUGCCGAUGCCUCCGCGCGAUGACACGACAACCCACUCAGAGCCAAAGGCGUGUGAUGAGGCGCAGGCCGCUUCUGAAGAGGAUGAAGCCUUCGCAGUUCUCAUCCGCUGCGCGGCCAGCGUUGCACUGGCCAACCGCAUCCUAGGGAGCAGUGUGGGGAAGGACAGGAAAGAGGUACAGACACCUGCUAGCCGUGUGCUACAGACAUGCACGGCUCUCUCUCUUCUCCGCUCCAACUCGUUUUUCCACCAGCCGCUGCAAGCAGGGGCUGGCCACACGGCUGCCUCUCGAUCCGCUAUCGCAGCAGCUGAUGCAUCGGCUUACUGGUGCUCGACCGGCUGCAUGGGCCUUGAUCAGGCACUGGGUGGUGGAGGCUUCCGCAGUGGAUGGGUCACCGAGGUGUACGGCGAGGCUGGGGCAGGCAAGACGCAGCUGGGGCUUCAGUGCCUCCUGCAGCAAGCUGCCACGGAUGUUUGCCAGGCGGCCGUAGCACUGGCGCUAGUCAACAACGCAGACCUCACGUCCCUUGCUCACAAGGUGACGGCAGCGGGCAUGUGCGGCUCCAACAACCCUGCUGUGAAGUGCAUGGAAGUGUUUGACCGCGAUGUUGUCGAGGCGGCGCGGUGUGCUGUGGUGUACCUGGUUUCCGAGGACGUGCCCACCUCCCGGCUGGGGCCGCUGGCCGCCGCAGCUGUAGGGCGGGCUGUUCGCGCUGUGCGGCUUCACCCACUCGUGAAUCAGCUGCCGUCGUGUGUUGUGAAGACAGUGUGGGGCUGCGUUGAGCGCACAUGCACAGUGUCGGUGGUGUUGUCCCGUCUGCAGAUUCGCCACGUCGCAUCAGUGGCGGAGGUGCUGCGGCUGCUAGAGCCUCUCCCGCAUCUGCAGCUUUCCCAGGCCCCAGGGAUUACCUCUCCCACCAACGCUAUCCCCAAUAGGGCCCAGAGACCGCGCAGCAGCAACUUGGUUGAGGCCGUGCGUCUACUGGCCGGCUCUCACGGCCGUGCCAUGGUGGUGCUGGACUCCGCCGCGGCUGCAGUGGUGGCGGGGCAGUGGGACAUGCAAGGUGUGGCGCAGACCGACGCGACCGUGGCAGCCCUCAGUUUGCGGCUCCGGCAAGCUGCCAUGGCGCACAACUGGUGCAUCGUCGUGACGAACCAGGUGCGCGCGAUCCCAACGACUGCCCGUCAACGUCAGUGCGCGCUGGCACCGAUCAAACGUGCUCGCUCGCCCACGACCUCCUCUACGGAAUCGGCAUCCUCAGCGGCUCGCACUGUCGUACCCGCACUUGGCUUCUCCUGGGCCUCCGCGCCACACUGUCGCGUGUUUUUGCGCAAGUCUCUUUCUCACGGUGUGCGUCAGCUUGUGCUGCGCCACGCUCCCUCGCAUCCGCCCGCGCAGGCGAGCUACUUGAUUACAGAGCACGGCAUCGAAGACGCAUGA